UAAAGAACAAGCCUUUCAAGAUCGCCUUUUCUUCGUCCUUCCUGUCUCCUUCUUCAGACCAACAUCAGCACCAGCCACCAGCAGCUAGCGUACGUACUCUUCCAUUCGUCCACGUGGCGCGCGGCCAUGCAUGCAUGCUCCCGCCCGGUGCCAUGACCCUCAUCGAGCAACAGGCCCACGCGGUACCAACGCUUUUGAGCAAGGGCGUCCCGAUCGAGCCAAGUGUCGAGAGGUAGACGAAAGCGAGUCCACUCGCACUGGUCGGGAUGCGUUCGGUGAGGAGAAUCGCAGGUGCAGUGCAGCAGGGUGUCACUGCCCAGUGACAGUGAUGACGACUGACGAGCCUCGCACGCGCGCGGCUAGCUCGAUCGCCUAUAUAUUUCCGGAAGCUGCUCCAUCGGCUUCUUCAUCUUCAUCCUCUCUCCCUCUCCCUCUAGUUGGUGACAGUGACACAUACUGACACCACCGACGUCUAGUCGUCUACGCUUUGUCGGCGCAAAUGCUGUCACUCGACGCCGGCUUGCCGCUGUUGCCAGACGACAUGGACGCCGUGGGCUUCGCCUUCGAUGAUUUCGAUUUCAAUUUCAAUUUCGAAGCGACGACGACGGCCGGCGAUGCUGGUGGCGGGUUCCAUUUCGACGCCACGGCGACAUGUGGCGACGCUGGUGGUGGUGGUGGUGGUGGUUUCGACUUUGACACCAGGACGACGGCGUGCGGCGCUUCGCCCGUGGGCGCCGCCUCGUUGCCAACGACGCCGCCGCCGCCUUCGGAUGGCACUGCCGGCGCCCGCGCCGCCGCCGACGAGGUGGACGACGAGGAGGAGCGGCUGCGGCGGAUGAAGCGCAAGAUAUCGAACCGGGAGUCGGCGCGGCGGUCGCGGGCGCGGCGGCGGCAGCGUGCGGAGGAGCUCGGGCGCGCCGCAGAGUCGCUCCGCGCCCAGCGUCGCGCGCUUGCGGCGAAGGCAGGUGCCGCGGCUGCGCGCGCGAUGGCGGUGCGGCUCGACAACGCGCGGCUCCACGCGGAGGCCCGCGCGCUCCGGCGCCGGCUCGGCGACGCGCAGAGGCACGCCGUGCUGCUGCUCGCGGUGGCACGCGCGCGUCUCGCGCGGGCGGGGGUCGGGGUGGGGGCAGGUGUUUCUGUGCCGGCGCCGCAGCAGGUCGCUGGUGGUGUCGUCGCGGCCGCCGGGACGAUGAUGACGUGGUGAGGUGACGCCGGGAAAAAGAAAUGGGACGGACACGUGUCGUCGCUGUGCUGCGUGAGUUUUGGUUUUGGUUUUUGUUUCUUCUGUUGUUUAAACGGGAUAAGGAAUUCCACGAUCUUUUGCUCGUGUCCUGUAUUGCUGUGCUCAAAUAAUUGCAGUCUUUUAUUA